AUGGCCGGCAAGGGUAAGAAGAAAAAAGGAGGAAAAGACGCGUCGGCGGGUGCGGCGGGAGGUGCUGGCGGUGGUUCGGGCGGUGCCGGUGGUGGUGGUGGUGCGGUAGCGAAGGACAAGGCGGAGGCGGAGGAGGGCGACGAGGAGGAUGGCGAGGCGAAGCCAAAGAAGGGCAAGGGCAAGAAGGGCAAGGGGAAGGGGGGCAAGUCGUCCAAGUUCCAGGGUGACAUCUUCAACGAGGCGGCGAUGGAGAACGCGUACUACAUCUGCCACAACAUCCAGGACGUGCUGAAGUCGCGCGGUUUCGCCUGGCCCGAGGGGCAGAAGAAGAAGAAGAAGGGGAAAAAGUAG